GGAUGAAAAAUUUUUACCUAAAUAAAAGGGAAACAGGUGAGAAAUGUUUUAAGAACAGGAAGCGUUACAGAUGUUUAGUCGAACAACAGAGUGCGGUAGUCUUAGCAGGUCGAUGGUGCUGUUCGUACCGACGGUUCGUUUGCAGCCGUCUUUGCUUCGCGAUGCGUCCACUGAUGUGUGUUUCUGCACAUGGCCGUGCCGCCCAACGGGCUUCUGCAUUGUUCCACGGUUUUUCGCACUUUAACACCGGAUUAUAUUUAUCACUUUUAGAAGAAUUAUAUUAUAUAUUACAUCCACCAUGACUACAUCAUCGGAAGAUGUUCUAAUGCAAGUAGGACAAGUUCGUUAUAAAAAAGGAGAUGGUACUUUAUAUGUCAUGAAUGAAAGAAUAGCCUGGAUGCUUGAUAACAGAGACACUGUAUCAGUCAUACAAAAGAUAUCACCAGAAGGAAAAUCAAAAAUACAGUUGCAAGUUGUAUUACACGAUGGUUCAUCAUCUAUAUUUCAUUUUGUAAACAGAAAUGGACAAGAGGCACAAAUUAAAGAUCGUGAUGAUGUAAAAGAAUUACUUCAACAAUUAUUACCAAAAUUUAAAAGAAAAGUAAACAAAGAAUUGGAAGAAAAAAAUAGAAUGCUUCAAGAAAAUCCUGUGCUGCUUCAGUUAUACAGAGAUUUGGUCAUUACCCAAGUUAUUUCAUCUGAAGAAUUUUGGUCACAGCACGCUGCAGAAUAUACUCAAGCUAAGAAAAGUCAAAGACAAGAAAUAGGAGUAAAUAGUGCUUUUUUGGCUGAUAUAAAACCACAAACUGAUGGUUGUAAUGGUUUGAAGUAUAAUUUAACUGUUGAUAUUAUAGAAUGUAUAUUUAAAACUUAUCCAGCAGUAAAAAGAAAACAUCAAGAAAAUGUGCCUCACAAAAUGUCAGAGUCAGAUUUUUGGACAAAGUUCUUUCAGUCACAUUAUUUUCAUCGAGAUCGCAUCAAUGCAGGGACCAAGGAUCUUUUUACCGAAUGUGCCAAAAUAGAUGAUCAAGAACUUAAGAAAGAUAUUCAGUCGGGUAUUGAUGAUCCAUUGGUGGAUAUAACUUCUUUCGAGGAUCAAACCCUAGAUGAAAAUUAUGGGAAUGGACCCACUAAAUCUGAUAAAGUUUCGGGAAAUAUUGUACAUCAAAGUAUGAUUAAGAGAUUUAAUCAGCACAGUAUCAUGGUUUUAAAAGCUAGCACUGUCAAGCAAUCUACGCAGUCCAUUCAACCACAAUUAAAUGGAUCAACGCCAUCGGCGAGUAAAACUACAACAUUGUCUAAUCAAUUAGACGAACGACCAAAGAUUAAAAAGCUUAGAAUACAAGAAAAAUUAAUUUAUGAUGAUCUAGAUGCCACUCAUGAUACAAAUUCAAACAGUAGUGCGCCAUUAAAUUUGAAUCAUGUAGACAGGUAUUUACAUGGUCCAGUGCCAGGAUACAGUAAUACGGAACCAACAUCUGAAGAACUUCUUAUAACAUUAAAUCAAUUAAAAAAAGAAGCAAGUGGUUGGCUAACAGGAAAUAGUAUACCAAGGCAAUUAGCAACAUCAUUAGUUAGUCCAGCUGCAGCAGUUUCAGCUCUAGGAGAAUUAACUCCAGGUGGCUCUUUAAUGAAGGGUUUCAGAGAAGAAAGUCUUGGACAAUUAAUACCAAAGGAUUUAGAAAAAGAACUACGUAAUGUAUAUGUGUGUACAUGUGAACUUUUAAGGCAUUUUUGGAAAAGUUUCCCACCUACAACUCCACAGCUUGAAGAAAAAGCUAUUAGAAUGCAUGAAGCGUUACAUAGAUUUCAUUCUGCCAAACUUAAACCUUUUGAAGAUCGUGUUCAACGAGAUUUUUCUGCUGUUAGUCAACACUUGACAAGUCAUUUAAAUCAAUUAUUAAAUACAGCAUAUAGAAAAUUCGCAGUUUGGCAACAACGUAAAAUGCAAAUGAGGUAGCCAUUGAAUAAUUUGUCGUACAAUUAAAAAUAAUAAAACAGAGCAAUAUCGAUCAUCCUAUAUUGCAUUUUAUAAUGUUACCGUAAUUAGGAAUUAAUAUGGGUGUAUUUCACAAAAAACCAAAGCUGAAUCGUGUCAUGCAUCCUGUGCUGCCACAUAUUGUUUAUUUAUUCUCACGUAAUCGUGUUUAUUGUUCUAGAAUUUUCAUAAAUAUGUUACUUUAAAUUCAUUUGUAAAAGAUAUUUCACUUCAUUAUUUUCAUAUUGUAGUAUACAGUUUAUUUAUUUUCUUUUUUUCUUUCAUAGAUUAUUGUACAUCAUGUUGCACGUAUCAUAUUAAUCAAUCGUUGAUAUCACGAUGAAGCUAAGAAAAAAAUUUCAAGAAUUUAUUAAAUUCAUUAAAAAAAAUAUUACAUGUAGAGUAAAGUUAAUAUUUAUAAAUUUUCGAAAAAAAAACUAUGAUCGCGUAUGGAACGUCUAAAAUUUAUAAAUUAUAACUACAUAGGUGAAUGUUAAGAGAAACGUCUAUUGUACGAUAUCAAAGUAGCUGUGAUAUCGCCACUGUAUUAUUAAGGUUUAUUAAAAAGUCAGUUUCAUCGUUUUGAAUGUUCGUUUUCAAAUUGCAAAUAUUUUCUAUUCAUGUUAAAAAAAUUUGAAACAUUGAUUGUUUCCCUGAUAUGAUAUGUUAUUCUAGAAAACAACAGGUUGGUUUAUACAAUGCCUGACAAAACAAAUCAUUUUUUUAUCCAAAAACUAGAAAAUUAAUGCACACGGUGGCAUCAGUAUACUUUUUACGAUAUCUGCGAUAUACCCAACUAAGUGUCUUAAUUGUUGAAUCCUAUUUUUUUUUCUUUUUUUUUUUUUACA